CUUUUUGUAAGGAUUUGAUGAUUGUAAAUAUAGGAAGAUGGAGCUGUUUGCUGUGUUUGUGUUCCUCCUCUAUGCCUCUCAGGAGUCUUUGACUGUGACAGUGGAGGUCUAUAAGGGGGAACAAUCUGUACUGCUGCCCUGCCUGUACAGCAACAUAUUAGAAGAAGUUACUACAGUGAAAUGGAGCCGCUUUGAUCUCAAUCCUAAUACUGUCCAUAAACAGCGAGAAACAGACAACCUACGUGAACAAAAUCCACUUUUUGAAGGACGGACAUCAAUGAGACCUGAUGCUCUAGACUCUAGUAACUUCAGCCUCACUCUGAAAGAACCACAACUGUCUGACAGCGGUGUCUACAUUUGCAGCCUUGGUGAUAAAGAAGAAAUCCUAUCCGACAUUCAGCUGCAUGUCAAAGAAAUAUUUCCAACCUGGGCCGUAGUUCUGCUGGUUCUGCUGGUUCUUCUUGCUGUUUCUGGAGGCCUUUUAAUUCAUUUCAGACAUUAUUUAAUAUCAGUCUACAAGGUGGAGGUGGAUUCAGGAGUGGAGUCUGUUCUGCUGCCCUUUAAAACUACAGUCCGUCUGCCUGAAGAAGUCACAGUAACAUGGAGAAACAACAGGAGCUGGAUGGUCCACAGUUAUCGCUCUGAAGACGGUCAACAACACUGGCAGUAUGAAGACAGAACAGAGAUGAAGAUAAAUGUCAAAUCUGGAGACUUCAGUCUGACCCUGAAGAACCCCACAGACAGAGACUCAGGAACCUACAGCUGCACCGUUUCCCAAAGAUGGUCAGAAAAAAUCCUGGCUAAGAAACAAGUGCUGCUCAAUGUUGAAGUCUACAAGGUGGAGGUGGAUUCAGGAGUGGAGUCUGUUCUGCUGCCCUUUAAGACUACAGUCAGUCUGACUGGAGAAGUCACAGUAAUGUGGAGAAACAACAGUGGCAGGGUGGUCCACAGUUAUCGCUCUGAAGAUGGUCUACAACACUGGCAGUAUGAAGACAGAACAGAGAUGAAGUCUGGAGACUUCAGUCUGACCCUGAAGAACCCCACAGUCAGAGACUCAGGAACCUACAGCUGCACCGUCUGCAGCAGACAGUCAGGAACAAUCCUGGCUAAGAAACAAGUUCUGCUCAAUGUUGAAGUCUACAAGGUGGAGGUGGAUUCAGGAGUGGAGUCUGUUCUGCUGCCCUUUAAAACUACAGUUCGUCUGCCUGGAAAUAAAGUCACAGUAACCUGGAGAAACAACAGUGACAGGAUGGUUCACGCUGAUCGGUAUUGCUUACAAUAUCAACAACAACAAAAGCAGUAUAUAAACAGAACAGAGAUGAAAAAUAAUUAUGAAUCUGGAGACUUCAGUCUGACCCUGAAGAACCCCACAGACAGAGACUCAGGAACCUACAGCUGCUCCGUCCAUGAUGACGAGUCAGGAGAAAUCCUGGCUAAGAAACAAGUGCUGCUCAAGGUCAAAGGUGAAGCUGACUCUCUGAUCAUGGCCAUAGACUUUGGUUCAGGAUACAGCGGCUACGCCUUCAAUCUAAAACCCAGAGAGGAAGGAGGUGAGACCCAGUUAAAGAGAUGGGGUAAAGAACUUGGACUGGACUCCCCAAAGACUCCAACCUGCAUCCUGUUUGAUGAAGAUAGACAAUUCCUGGAGUUUGGUUAUGAAGCUAAAGCAGCGUACAGCAACAUGAGACGAGAAGAAGCUGAGAAAUAUUAUUUCUUUGUAGACUUCAAGAGCAAUAUCCUGAACACAACGCCACACCCAAGGGAGGAGCACUCUGCCGCAGCCGUCCCUCCGCCGCAAACGCCGGCGAGCGGUUACUCUGGCUGA